AUGGCGCACCUCACCCUCGCAGGUGACUCCUGCUUCACGGCCUCCGAGGCCCAGAAGCUCAAAGAUCAGAUCAACAAGAUAGCGCCCAUCAAGGUGUCCAAGCUCGCCGGCUCCUGGAUCUACUACGCCCACAUCAACGGCGACGCCAAUGCCGCGAAGCAAACCCUCUCCCAGUUUCUCCCGCUCUCCGGCUCAUCCACUCCUCCUCUCACUCACAUCGGUUACGGCCGCCAAUGGUUCGUGACACCGCGAUAUCUCUCGCCAUGGAGCUCCAAGGCCACCAUGAUUGCCCAUGUUUGCGGCUUCGAGAACCAGAUUCAGCGGAUAGAGCGCGGACGCAUCAUCACCAUCGAGUUUGAUCAGCCUUAUAACGACAAGACUGUUCCAUUCAAGGAUGUUCUGCAUGAUCGCAUGACCGAGCACCUCACGACAGAAGAGCCGGAUCUCAACACCAUGUUUGCCGAAAGCGAGCCCGCUCCUUUGGAGGUCGUUGACAUAUUUGCCGAAGGCCGGGACCCGGUCCAGGUGCUCAAUGAGUACAACAAGGCUCGCGGCCUGGCCCUGGAUCAGUCUGAGGUGGAGUACUUGGUGGAGCAGUUCACCAAGCUGGGCCGCCCUCCCCAUGAUAUCGAGCUCUUCAUGUUUGCUCAGGUCAACUCGGAGCACUGUCGUCACAAGCAGUUCAACGCUAACUGGACUAUCGAUGGCAUCACCAAGGAGCACAGCUUGUUUGGCAUGAUCAGGAAUACCCACAAGGCCACCCCUGAUUUCACCGUUUCGGCUUACAGCGACAAUGCGGCUGUCAUUCAGGGUGAAAACGCCAACCUGUGGGCCCCUGACUACUCUACUGGCUCCUGGAAGUUGAACAAGGAGCUUAUUCACGUUCUCGCCAAGGUUGAGACACACAACCACCCGACCGCCAUUGCCCCUUUCCCCGGAGCUGCCACUGGCUCUGGUGGUGAGAUUCGCGAUGAGGGUGCCGUUGGCAGGGGCUCCAUGCCCAAGGCUGGUCUCUGCGGUUUCUGGGUCUCUGAUUUGCAUAUCCCCGAGCACAAGGCGCCCUGGGAAAUCGAUGUCGGUCGCCCUGCUCACUACGCCAGCAGUCUUGACAUCAUGUUGGAGGCCCCCAUUGGAAGUGCCCGGUUCAACAACGAAUUCGGUCGCCCAUGCUUAACCGGUACUUUCAGAACUCUCCUUACUGCCGAUGACACCAAGGCCGAGGGCGAGUUCCGUGGCUACCACAAGCCUAUCAUGAUUGCUGGUGGCGUCGGUACUGUGAGAGAGAAGCACGCCCUCAAGGAUCCCAAGGAUGUUCAGGAGGGUGCUCAUGUUAUCGUCCUCGGUGGACCUGCCAUGUUGAUUGGUCUGGGUGGUGGUGCUGCGUCCAGUAACGCUUCCGGAGAGGGUAACGCCGACCUUGAUUUUGACAGUGUGCAGCGUGGCAACCCUGAAAUGGAACGCCGUGCGCAGAUGGUCAUCAACACUUGCGUCGCUCUCGGAGACCACAAUCCCAUUGCCAUGAUUCACGACGUUGGUGCUGGUGGUCUUUCGAAUGCUCUACCUGAGCUCGUCAAGGAUGCUGGCUUUGGUGGAAGAUUCGAGCUUCGCCAGGUCGAGUGCGUCGAUCGCGGCAUGAGCCCUCUCCAGAUUUGGUGCAACGAAGCCCAGGAGCGCUAUGUCAUCCUGGUGAACAGCGAUGGCAUGGAGCGCUUCACUGCUAUCUGCAGUAAGUUUGAUUUAUUUUUCAGAGAGUACCCCCGCCCUAUUGAUGUCCCUAUGGACGUUCUUUUCCCCAAGGGCCGCAAGCUCGAGCGCAUUGUCAGCUCCAAGAAGCCUACCUGGCCCGUUUUCGAGCCCGUCGCCAGCCUCAAGGCUGCUCUUGGCGAUGCUGCCAGCGACGCCGAUCUUUUCAAGCAAGCUGUCCAGAGAGUAUUCUGGCUGCCUUCCGUUGGCUCCAAGUCAUUCCUCAUCACCAUCGCCGAUCGCACCGUCGGUGGUCUUACCAUUCGCGACCAAAUGGUUGGCCCAUGGCAGACACCAGUUGCUGACGUCGCCGUCACGGCUACUUCGUUCAGCUUGAACGGUAUGAAGACUGGUGAGGCGAUGGCCAUGGGUGAGAAGCCAACACUGGCUUUGAUCUCUCCUGCUGCCUCCGCCAGAAUGGCUGUUGCCGAGAGUUUGUUGAACCUCGGUGCUGCCGAUAUCAAGGGUGGCUCCUACAGAGGCGAUCUCAAGCGUGUGAAGCUUUCCGCCAACUGGAUGGCCGCUGUCAACCACCCCGGCGAGGGUGCUGCUCUCUACGAGGCUGUCGAGGCCAUCGGUAUGGAGCUCUGCCCUAAGCUCGGCGUCAGCAUUCCUGUUGGCAAGGACUCCACCUCGAUGAAGGCCAGCUGGAAGGACGGGGAGACUAAGAAGAGUGUUACCGCUCCCGUGUCGGUCGUCAUUUCUGCCUUUACCCUGGUUGAGGAUGUUCGCCGUACCUGGACUCCCCAGCUUCGCCGUGUUGAGGAUGUCGGCGAGACUGUGCUCCUCUAUGUCGACUUGGCCCAAGGCCACAAGGCUCUUGGCGGCUCUGCUCUUGCCCAGGCAUUUGGUGCCAUCGGCCACGAAGCCCCAGAUGUCCGUGAUGUGGAUCUCCUCAAGGAUUACUUUGACGCUCUUGCCCAGCUUCACGAGAGCGGCAUCGUUCUUGCCUACCACGAUGUCUCUGAUGGUGGCCUUGUCACCACCGUCGCUGAGAUGAUGUUCGCUGGUCGCUGCGGCGUUGAUGUCAUGAUGGAUGGUGUUGCCAAGUCUGGCAGCCUUGCUGACAUGACCGAGGCUCUGUUCCACGAAGAGUUGGGUGCCGUCUUCCAGGUUCGCGCUUCAGACGAGACCAACUUUAAGAGAUGCUUCGCCACUUGUGGCCCUCCUGCGGGGCUCAUCAAGAAGAUUGGUGUUGUCCAGGACUCGUCUAAGCAGAACCUCAACAUCCGUUACGGAGAGGGUGCUCCCUUCGCCAGCCUUGACAGAGCCGAGAUGCAGCAAUGGUGGUCCAAGGUCUCUUACGAGAUGCAGAAGCUCAGAGACGACCCCUCCUGCGCCGAGUCUGAGUAUGCCACCAUUGCUGACUCUGCCGACCCCGGUCUUUCUUACAACCUGACCUUCUCGCCUGCCGAGAACAUUGUUCCUCUGACCGCCUCGAUUACUGGCUUCUUCGGCAAGAGCCCUCGCGUUGCCAUCCUUCGCGAGCAAGGUGUCAACGGCUACGCCGAAAUGGCUUUCGCUUUCCGCGCUGCUGGCUUCGACGCUGUCGAUAUCCACAUGACCGACAUCAUCAACGGCCGCUCCCUGGCCGACUUUGUCGGUCUCGCUGCCUGCGGUGGCUUCUCCUUUGGUGACGUUCUCGGCGCCGGCCAGGGUUGGGCCAAGUCCAUCCUCCUCCACGAAAAGUCCCGCAAGGAGCUCGCCGAGUUCUUCCAGCGCAAGGAUACCUUCGCUCUCGGAGUCUGCAACGGUUGCCAGAUGCUUUCCCGCUUAAAGGAGCUCAUCCCAGGCGCCGAGGACUUCCCCGCCUUUGUCCAGAACAACUCUACCCAGUUCGAGGCCCGCUACAGCAUGGUCAAGAUCGAGGACAACCCGUCCAACCCCUCUGUCUUCUUCAACGGCAUGAACGGCUCCUCCCUGCCCAUCGUUGUUUCUCACGGCGAGGGCCGUGCCGAGUUCCAGAGCCAGCAGCAGUUCCAGAGCUUGACUGAGUCGGGUGGCAUUCCCAUCAGAUACAUCGACAAUAGACUCGAGGUCACCGAGACAUACCCCUACAACCCCAACGGCAGCCCUGGCGGUAUCGCCGGUGUUGCUAGCAGGGAUGGAAGGGUGUUGGCUAUGAUGCCUCACCCCGAGAGAACCAUCAUGGCGGAUGUGACGAGCUACGCGCCCAGGGAGGAUGUUGAGCAGUGGGGCGAGUUUGGUCCUUGGUUGAGAAUGUUUAGGAGUGCUAGACGCUGGGUUGGGUAG